AGGAAGGAAGUAGGUAUGUGUGCAGAUAUCACAUCAGCACAUGGAAGCAAUAAUCUCACUCACUCUCUCUCUUACACCCAAACACAACACAACACACUUCUUUUCUUUCCCUUCUUUUUUUUCUUAAUACUCAACUCUUCCUUUCUACUAACUUAACAAACUUCUUCUAAUUUCUUCACAAAUUCAAUUCAAUUCAAUUCAAUGGGUGGAGAUAAUUCAUUGAAAUCAAAAGAAGUUUCUACCAUGAUAAAACACGGUUUCAUAUCUAACCCAACCUUCUCUUCUUUCUCACCUUCUAGAACCUUCUCUCCAUCUCCUCCAUCAUCCACAACUCGCCCGAGUCAAACUCACUCGCUCUUCGACAUGAUGUCCGACGACCACAACAACCGCGACGCUAAGCACUCCGACGACAACCUCCGGAAAAUGAAAGAUCGGAUUACGAAGCUUCUACAAGAAGCGCCGUUUAGCGGCGGCGAUGUGAAAUUGACGGUGGUUGGGAAGGAAGGGUUUAAGGUAUCGAUGGAAGUUAAGAAGAGUGUUCUUGCUGAUAAGAGUAGAUUCUUCGCGGAGAAGCUUCGUUGUGAAAAUGGAAUGUCGCAUUCGGUUGAGAUCAGUGAUUGUGAUGAUGUUGAUGUUUAUGUGGAAGCUGUUGUUUUGAUGCACUGUGUGGAUCUUAAGAAGAGGUUGAGAUUUAUGGGUCAACAAGGUGUUUCUAAACUUUUGAAUUUGCUCAAGGUAUCAGCAGCUAUCAUGUUUGACCUUGGGGUAAUAUCAUGUCUGGAAUAUUUGGAAGCUAUUCCAUGGACUGAAGAUGAACAGGAGGAAAUCAUAUCUCAACUAGGUCAUCUGCAUCUUCAUGACUCUGCAACCGAAGUUCUUCUUAGAGUAUCAUCGACUCCAUCUACUGCUACAAGGGACGAUGACAUAUUCACAAAUCUUUUGAGUAGUGUUCUACAAGCUAAAGACGACAAAGCUCGUAGGGAAAUGAAAUCUCUGCUAUCUAAAUUGCUUAAAGAUAAUGCAUUUAAUGAUAGCAGCAAAGUUGAUGUUUCUAAAGACACACUCUAUCAUCUUUGCCACAGGUGCAUCAGUGCUCUUGGCCUAUGCCUGUCCGAAGCAAUUGGCACACUCGAGAGGCCGGACCGGGGGGUCUUAAUGAGCGAAAUAACACGCGAAGCUGACAAUAUUCAGUGGAUUGUCGACAUUUUGAUCGGCAAAAAGAUGGGCGAAGAAUUUGUAAAAAUAUGGGCAGAACAGAAAGAGCUUGCCGCACUUCAUUUGAAAGUUCAAACCGUUUACCGCUACGAGAUCAGUAGAAUCACAGCACAACUUUGUAUUGGGAUUGGAAGGGGACACAUGUUGGUGCCGAAAGAAAUUCGAUUUUCGUUGCUGUCGACAUGGCUAGAAGCUUUAUAUGAAGAUUUUGGAUGGAUGAGGAGAGGUUCUAGAGGUCUUGAUAAGAAAUUGGUUGAAGAUGGAUUGAGCCAAACUAUACUCACACUGCCUUUAUUCCAGCAGCAGGUUUUGUUGCUCAAUUGGUUUGAUAGAUUUCUUAACAAAGGGGAUGAUUGUCCUAAUAUUCAGAAAGCAUUCGAGAUUUGGUGGAGAAGGGCUUUCAUCAGAAAGUAUUCACCUGAACCUGAUAAUAAUUCCCAAUUACAGAUAACUUUGUUCGAUUACCCUAAAUGACAAAGUAUGCAAGGGACUUUCAAAGAAUUUAAGAGUGUAAAUAAUUCUCAUUUGUAAAUAAUGUGUGAUAAUUUGUAUUUCAACUUCUGUUUUUGCCUGCUAUAUUCAUUUUGGAUUUCAUUCUUUUUUUGCCAAAUUCUGUAUUUUUUUUUACCUGAAUUUGAAGGAAAACCAUGUAACUUGGAUUAGGUGAACAAUUAUUUAUUUAUCUUUUGUGAGGAGGCAGAAUGAAGACGACUUGUGAAA